UUGACAUAUCAGCCGCUGCUGCAGCCGGGUGCGGGCCAGCAGCCGACCGCAGGUGAGAGGAGGCGCGUCACAGAACCCCCGACAUUGCGGCACACGGCGGAAUCAUCGCCUCAGCAGCGCGUGCUCUUCUUCCUCGUGCCGGCGGAAGACUGCUUUCCCCGUCCACACUCGGCAAGUGCCUGCUUCUCCGUGAGCGGCCGACUUGUGUUUUGCCUGUGAGGCGUGAGCGGUGCCAGGACGCCGCGCCGAUCGGUGACCAUGUCGACGACCAAGAGCAAGAUUUGCUUGGCCACCUUUACGGCCAUCUGCGGCGUCGUCCUGUUGGUCGGAGUGCUGGGACACAUCUACUUCCCGACCAUCAUGCGCGGCAAGGUAGCUGAGCAACUGCAACUCAAAAACGGCUCAGAGACGCUGGAUAAAUGGAGCAACGUCAAGGUGCCAAUCUACAUGUCAUUCCACCUGUUCAACAUCACGAACCCGGAUGAGUUCGCAGCCGGCAAGAAAGCAGAGCUCAAGCAAGCGGGUCCUUACGUCUACAGAGAGUACCGGAAAAAGGAAAUCCAGGGCUUCGACAACGAGACCAACACGGUGCAGUAUUUCGACCGGAAGACAUUCGUGUUCGAGCCCUCGUUGUCAGCUGGCACAGAGGACGACGUGGUCAACAUCAUCAACGUGCCCGUAGCGGCGAUCGCCGCGCUGACUCGCAAGAAGGUUCCCGAAGUGGCCGCCCCGCUCGUCAUGCCCAUCCUGGACUCGAUGAUGCGCAAGCACAACGAGACGUUGGCCACGCGGCGCAGCGUUCGCGAGAUGCUCUUCGAAGGCUACCAGGUUGGACUGAUGCGGGACCUCAUCCGGCUGGCCAAGGCCUUCCUGCCCAAACUGGAGAACCCCCUCAAAAACAACACGUUCGGACUCUUCUUCGGGAGGAACAACAGCCAUGACGGCCUGUACUCCGUGUACACCGGUGAAGACAGUCCAACGAAGUUCGCCAAGUUGGAACAGUGGAACAACCAAAAGUCUCUCAGCUACUGGGCUGGACCCACGUGCAACAUGAUCAAUGGCACCGACGGGGGCCAAUUUGCACCGUUCCUCUCAAAGGACACCACACUGUACGUGUUCUCAACGGAUCUGUGCCGGUCCAUGUACUUCCGCUACGAGAAGGAGACCAUGGUGCACGGCAUCCGCGCCUGGCGCUUCACCAUCCCGGCGUCGCUGUUCGAGUCGGCGGACAUCCGAGAAGAGAACCGCUGCUUCUGCCUCACGACGCCCGUGUGCCCCAAGAGUGGCGUGACGCACGUGGCUGCCUGCCGCAAGGGGGCGCCUAUAGUGCUCUCCUCGCCACACUUCUACCACGGCGACGAGGAGUUUGUGAACGCCGUGCGCGGGCUCAAGCCCGUCAAGGAGAUGCACGAGACAUUCCUCGACAUACACCCGCUGACGGGUCUUGUCAUGCGGGCAUCGAAGAGGCUUCAAAUCAACGUGGAUCUCAAGGGUAACGAGCGAUUGACAUUACUCAAGAACGUGCAAGACACUAUAUUCCCAGUUGUCUGGAUUGAAGAGAGGGCCGAGCUAGCUCCUUCCAUGGCAGAAGAGUUCAAGCAGAAGGUCGAGUUUCCGAUGAAAGUGGGCAACGCAGCGACAGCGUCCGGCCUGAUUCUCGGCGGCAUUGGCUCGUGCAUAUGCGCCAUCAUGGUGUUCAUCUUUUAUAUGCAGGGCAAGUCCAGGACGGCUGGCAUCAGCUCCGAGUACACAAACGGACUGAAGAAAGUUCCGCACACGUAGCUUUUUCGCAACAUUCGACGUGCUCACGUAGCUGUGUGCGAAUCCUCACCGCAUUGCCGAACACCGUCGCCUCGUCGUCAGCUCGUUGCACCGCCACCGGAUGGACGGCCAUGAGACAUGGUCACUCGUGAGGGGACACGCUUCAUCAAGUCUGUGCGGCUGUUCCUGGUACAUAGUUCAAAACUGCGUGAAGGACGCCCAUGCCAGAGUGUACACUUAGUCAACACGUCGUACUUUUUAAGCCUGUGAGAACGUUUUUAUUUCUUUCGUGUCUGCGACAAACCAUUGCCGUCCAGCGUGCAACGUGGGAUCGAAAAACGAACGACACUCAUCACCUUCAACCAUUCAGAGCAAGACUGCUGCUUGAGUGAACCAACUCAGCGUACUGGAGUCACGCUAACGAAGCUUUGUGAAGUCCCAAAGGGCAAGGCAGAGUAUCUGAGUCUAACGGCUGCGAUCUUGCGCCCUUUCCCACCACACUCGCCGGCCCUUCACUGAGUUCACCACGGAGGCCUUAUGGCUGAGGAUGGGGACCAACACCUCGAAGUGUACAAGAUAACAGCGGUCAUCUUGCAUCGUGUAUUGUGGUGCUGCCCAAUGGCCGCUUUGUGAUCACUGCUCCCGACAGCCCUCAGCACAGUUAGAGAUGUACGAAAGGAGUGCAUCAGGCAUAUCGAGUUUGCUACACGACUCUCACCGCAGAUCACUCACACAGCCUUGCGCUGCUGAGCAGUCAGUUCUUACAUGUGUCAUUAUUUUGGUUUAUAAUGAUAGCAAUAAAGUUGUUAUUAUUUAGACUCGUUA